CUAAAGAGCUAUAUAAAAGUAAUUAUUAUUAUGUCAUUAGUAUCAUGAUCAUUAUUACCUGCCAUUGCUAAUUGUCUUCCAAAAAAAAAAAAAAAGAAUUCUGCAAGAGCAGAGCACCCUCUCUUGCUAUUACAAAUAUCUUCCCCUAUUAACUGCAUCUUGAUUUUUGUCUAAGUGACCCCUUUGCACUUACAGGUGACCAUGGCAUCUGAAGUGCCCAUGCAGGCCCCCAUAUGUCUGGUAGAAAACAAUAGUGGAGAGCUGGUGGUGAGCCAGAAAGCCCUGCGAAUUCUAACUUCUAUCACCAAGCCUGUGGUGGUGGUAGCUAUUGUUGGUCUGUAUCGUACUGGAAAAUCCUACCUGCUGAACAGACUGGCAGGAAGGAACAAAGGCUUCUCCCUUGGUUCCACUAUUCAAUCUCACACAAAGGGCAUCUGGAUGUGGUGCAUCGAUCACCCCACAGAACCUGACUAUACCAUAGUUCUGCUUGAUACCGAGGGCCUUGGUGAUGUGGAAAAGGGGGACUCCAAAAAUGAUUCAUGGAUCUUUGCUCUGGCCAUCCUGCUCAGCAGCACUUUUGUCUAUAACAGCAUGAAUACCAUUAACCACCAGGCUUUGGAAGAGAUGCAAUAUGUGACAGAACUGACUGAGCGAAUCAAGGUCAAGUCCUCAUUUAACCCUGAUGCAGAAGAAGACUCAGCAAAUUUUGUGAGUUUUUUCCCAGACUUUGUGUGGACUGUGCGAGAUUUUGCCCUGGACCUUGAGCUAGAUGGACAACCCAUCACCUCAGAUGAAUACUUGGAAAACGCCUUAAAACUAAGUAAAGGCAAGAACCCCAAAAGUCAAUUGACAAACCAUCCACGAGAAUGCAUCAGAAAAUUCUUUCCCAACCGAAAGUGUUUUACUUUUGAACGACCAACAUAUGAUAAGUCACUCUUAUCCCAUCUUGAAGAUGUCCACGACAGCCAACUGGACCCUAUGUUCAAGCAUCAAGCAGACCAGUUCUGCUUUCACAUCUUUUCCAAUGCAAAACCCAAGACCCUUAGUGGGGGUAUCAAGAUCAAUGGCAAUCGGUUGGGAAAUCUGUUGGAAGUCUAUGUGGAAACCAUCUCUGGUGGGGACAUUCCCUGCCUGGAGAAUGCAGUGUUGGCAUUGGCUGAGAUUGAGAACUCAGCUGCUGUGCAAAAAGCUACCAACCAUUACGUAGAGCAGAUGGUCCUCAAGGUGGACUUCCCCACAGAAACUCUCCAGGACCUGCUAAACCUACAUGCAGAUUGUGAGAAAGAAGCCAUCUCAAUUUUCAUGAAGGAUUCUUUCAAGGAUGACAUGCACUAUUUCCAAAAUGAAUUGGUGGAAAUCUUAGAAAACAAGAAGAAUGAAUUCAUAUGUCAAAAUGAGGAAAAAUCAAUCAAAUAUUGUCAAUCUAAGCUUUCCCACCUCUCUGAGACCCUGAGGGAAGCCAUUUCUCGAGGCACUUUCUCUGUGCCAGGAGGUUACAAUCUCUUCAGGGAAGAAAAAGAAAAAAUAUUGAACAAUUAUGAUAAAAUACCCAGGAAAGGGAUAAAGGCAGGCGAGGUUCUCCAAAAGUUUGAGGAGGAGAUGGCAGUGAUAGAAGAUUCUAUCCUGAAGACAGAUGAAGCUCUCACUGACCACGAGAAGACUUUGAAAGCUGAACAAAUCAAAAGAGAAACAGCCAAGAAGGAGCAGAAGUUAUUGGAACAGCAACAGAUGGAAAUGCAGCAAAAGAUGGAAGCUCAGAAGAGAAGUUAUGAAGAAAACAUAAAGCAAUUAAAAAUAAAGAUGGAGGAAGAAAGGAACCAGAUGAUGAGAGAACAGGAAAUGAUUCUGAAUCAUAAGCUAAAGGAACAAAAGAAGCUGAUUGAGGAAGGAUUUCAUGACAAAGCUGGAGAGAUGAAGAAAGAGAUAGAAGAGCUACAAACAAACAUUGAGACUGCUCAGAGUCAAAGGUCCUCCUGGUGGCCUCCAAUUUUAGAUACAGUUGGCACUGGAUUGAUGGUCCUUUUACCUGGGGCAGGAAAACUCCUUGGUUUAGGAAUAAAGGGAUUGGGCCAUGCUAUGUCCUAAUCAAAUGGGUUUUACUUUCUCAAAAGAAAUGUAUAGAAUAUAAUUUUCCACUUUAAAAAGUCCUGGGGAGGAGGGGGUCAGGAACAGCUAGGUAGCUCAGUGGAUAAAAAAGCCA